AUGUUAGAGAAUAAGCAUCCCUAUAUGGCCUGUUUGAAAGGUAUAUUCUCUGAGAGGAAGGCCCUGAGGGGAGAUGAAACUGUGGUGCUAACCAAGGAGUGUAGUGCACUAGUGCAAAAGAAGCUCCCACAGAAAUUGCCAGAUCCCGGAAGCUUCUUGAUUCCCUGUACUAUAGGGACCAUCACACUUGAGAAAGCACUGUGCGACCUUAGAUCAAGCAUAAAUCUGAUGCUUCUCUCUGUGAUGAAGAAGCUGAGAAUCCAAGAGGCGCAACCUGCAAGGAUCUUACUGGAGAUGGCAGACAAGUCCCUGAAGCGGGCAUACGAAGUAGUGGAAAACGUCUUUGUAAAAGUUGAAGACCUUUACCUCCCUGUAGACUUCGUGAUACUUGACACUGGAGAGGGAAAAGAUGACUCCAUCAUCCUGGGAAGGCCAUUCCUAACUACUGAGAGAGCCUUGAUUGAUGUAGAGAGAGGAGAGCUAGUCCUGAGGAUACAUGAGGACCAUUUGCUAUUCAAAAUCCCUAAGCCUCAACCUCUCUCAGACAAAGGUGGUACUAGCAUGUAG